CUUUCGAGCGGGCCGGAAGCGCGGUGGCAGAAGCAGCGGGACAGGGCGAGGGUGCCUCUGCACACCCCACACCUCCCCGCUCCGCUGGGCCCUGCGCUGAGCCAGACCAGCUGCACCGCCGUGUCCUGACCGAAGGCUCCUGGGAUGUCACGCCGCAGGCACCAACCCAAGCCUGGGGACCUGAUCGAGAUCAAGCGAUCAGUUUACCAGCACUGGGCCCUCUACUUGGGGGAUGGAUAUGUUAUUCAUGUGACGGCUGAAGAUGAAAGCAUCCCACCCCUGUCAGCUGGCAGUGUGACAAUAUUGACCAAAAAGGCCAAGGCGAAGAAGCAGCUCCUGAAGGAAGUGGUGGGAACUGAUGACUGGGAGGUCAACAACAAGUAUGACCGCUCCUUCACUCCCCUCCCAGUGAAGGAGAUCAUUGAGCGUGCGAAGAGUUGCAUUGACAAGGAGGUGACCUAUGAUUUGCUUGAGAGCAACUGUGAGCACUUUGUGACAUGGCUCCGCUAUGGUGAGGCAGACUGCAGUCAG